GCCUUCACGCAUAUAAACACGUGGAUAAUGGAGCUGAACUAAAGUCUGACUUUAAAUAAAGAAAUAAACAUUAAUAUCUCAUCCUGACAGCAGAGAGAAGCCGUGAUGAAGAAGAGAGAGCAGCAGAAGGUAAAGAUGGCGAGCAGCAGCGAUGAUGAAGACUCUGACGUGGAGAGAAACUUCGCACUGCUCACUAAGAGAGGAGGAGGAGGAGGAGGAGGAGGGAGUGAGGAAGGAGAGCAGUACUGUAAAGAAGAGGGAGAGGAGGAAUUCAGUGAUGAUGAAGAAGAGGAGGAUGAGGAAGGGUCUGAUGAUGGUGUAGAAGAAGAAGAAGAAGAAGAGGAGGAGGAGAAGGAGGUUGAAGGGGAUGACGACGAUGAUGAUGAUGAUGAUGAAGAAGAGGAGGGUGACGAUGAUGAAGAGGAUGACGAUGAUGAAGACGAGGAGGAGGAUGAAGAACAAGAGGAAGCUGGUGGCAGCGGUGAGAUCCAGACCAGAGAAGACAUGAAAAAAGAAUUGUCCAAAAUGUCUUUCGAGGACGUUUUGAAGCUUCAGAAUAAAGUCGGAACUAAAGUUUAUAACGAAGUUGCGUUCGGCAGCCGAGAGAAUCAGAAAAAGAUCGGCAAAAAGAAACGACUCAACAAGAACCGACCGAUGGAGAUCUCGGCUAAGAGGCCGCCUCCCUUCCUGCGUCAGGUCGUCUCCGUUCGGAAACCGACGUUGAGAGAUCCUCGAUUCGACGAUCUGUCGGGAGAAUAUAAACCUGAGAUAUUUGAGAAGACGUAUAAAUUCAUCAAUGACAUCAAAGACAAAGAGAAAGAGAUCGUCCAGAAGAAGCUGAAGAAGAAGAAGAACAGCAGCGAGAGAUCGGAGAAGCUGCAGUUCCUGCUGAAGAGGAUGGAGAACCAAGAGCGAGCAAGGAAGAGCCGAGAGCAGCAGAGAGAGAGAGAGCUGCAGUUCAAGAGGCUGCAGAGAGAACGAGCCAAUCAGGGCGAGCGACCAUUCUUCCUCAAGAAAUCGGAGAAAAAGAAGCUGCAGCUGGCUGAGAGAUACGAGCAGUUGAAGAAAAGCGGGAAACUGGAGAACUUCCUGAGUAAGAAGAGGAAGAGGAACGCCGGCAAAGACCGCAGGAAGCUGCCGAAGCAGAUGCUGCAGAACACGAAGAUGAAGGUGUGAGAAAAGAACAGGUGAAGAAGAAGAAGCUGCAGGUAAGGAGUGGACGGACUGAAGGAUGAAGGACUUUAAACAUCUCUGUGGUGCGUUCAGGGACGCUCUGUCAGAUUUGUAGAAAACGUUGUGAGAGAAGCGAUGUUGACUUUUUCUCUCUGCCGGACAACUCUUUUUAUUUUUAUUUUGUGGUGUCAGUGAACGCACCAUCAGCCUCAGAUUCACACUGUGUCUGUAAACUUCAGUCGGCCAGCUGAUGCCUUCAGGGUCAGAGCAGAAAAACGGGAAACUCAGAGCUCAGCAGCGGACAGUUUGCAUCCAGGUGACGUUGUGUUUUCCUACGAUCUUCUUGGUCCUCAAACAUCACUGAUAGGAGACGUUUAAUGCAUCGACGUUAACGUCUCUUUGGAUGUACAGAUCUUACUUUGUAUAUAAAAUGUUUGAUUUUAUAUAUUUUUCAUUUACUCUUCACUUCAUUUUAUCUGUUAAACGUCUUCGUAACAUUCAGUCGUGUUUUAUAAACAUCCUCCAAACGUGUUUAAGAGUCUGCUGGAUGUUAAAGAUUCAAUAUUAAUUUUUACAGUUUUCCUGAUGUCCAUUGAAGGCAUCAUUAAUAAUAUUUAAUUGAUGCUACAUACUAAUAUAAUUCAGUUUAUACUGUUUUACUGUUUUAUAUACGAGCAGGAAGUGAUGCAAACUGUGAUUUCAGGAUUAAAGACAAUAAUAAAAAAUGUUCUUUUAA